AUGGCGGUUCUAAAUCCAAAACCUCAAAACAACAACAAAGAGAAUGUCUCACACUCAAAGAUGAACACCAUAUCUGUCAAAGUCCCUCUUGAUUCUUCUUCAUCCAUUGACAAAGACAAAAUCCAAAUUAGAAUCAGAAGAAGACAGCCUCUGAAAGACAUCACAAAUCUCUUUGUCUCAGCAUCACCAUUGCCCUCUUCGCCCACUCUAUCAUUUGAUCCCAAGUGCAUUAAGGGAAGAUCUGGUGUUGGUCUCAAGACUGCUGCUACUUCUUCUAAAUUAUCUUGUAGAAAUUUUAGAUGA